CUCGCCGAGGAGGUGCCCCAGGACGUGGCCUCGUUCCUCUACACGGGCGACUCCCGGGAGCUGCGGCGCGCCAACUGCUCCGGGCGGUACGAGCUGGCCAGCCUGGCCGGCAAGUCGCGCUUCACCUCGCACCCCUCCCUGCACGGGGCCCUGGACACCCUCACCCACGCCACCAACUUCCUCAACAUGAUCCUCCAGAGCAAUAAGUCGCGGGAGCAGAACUUGCAGGAGGACCUGGAGUGGUACCGCGCCUUGAUCAGGAGCCUCCUGGAGGGAGACCCCAACAUCUCCAGGGCAGCUAUCACUUUCAGCACGGAGCCCUUCUCCUCCACCCCCCAGGUUUUCCUCCAGGCCAGCAGACACGAGAGCCAGGUCCUCCUGCAGGACUUGUCCUCCUCGGCUCACCGCCUGGCCAACGCCUCUGUGGAAACAGAGUGGUUCCACAGCUUGAAGCGCAAGUGGAGGCCACAUCUGCACAGGAAGGUCUUAAACACGGGCCCCAAAACUUUGGAGAACAGCUGGAAGAGGCGGGAGAGCUUCACUGCUGAUAAGAACCACAUCAGGUGGUCCUCGCCUUACCUGGAGUGCGAGAAUGGGAAUUACAAACCCGGCUGGCUAGUGACUCUCUCGGCGGCUUUCUAUGGGCUGCGGCCAAACCUCCUCCCCGAGUUCAGAGGUGUUGUCAAAGUUGACAUCAAUCUGCAGAAGGUGGACAUUGACCAGUGUUCGAGUGAAGGGUGGUUCUCGGGGACGCACAGGUGUCAUCUCAACAAUUCUGAGUGCAUGCCAAUUAAAGGCCUUGGAUUUGUGCUCGGAGCCUACAAAUGUAUUUGCAAAGCUGGAUUCUAUCAUCCCAACAUCUUCUCAGUGAACAGCUUUCAGAGAAAGGAUGCAGAAAAUCGCUUUUCUGGUGGUGAAUUGUCAGAGGAAGUCUACACCUGCCUACCCUGCAGGGAAGGAUGUUCUUACUGUACAGAUGAUACUCCCUGCUAUGCACAGGAGGACAAGUAUUUACGGCUGGCUAUCAUCUCAUUCCAAACGCUCUGUAUGCUGCUGGACUUCAUAAGCAUGCUGGUAGUCUACCAUUUUCGCAAGGCAAAGAGUAUCAGGGCUUCAGGGCUGGUGCUGUUGGAAACUAUUCUUUUUGGAUCACUUCUUCUGUACUUCCCGGUUGUCAUUUUGUAUUUUGAGCCAAGUGUAUUUCGCUGUGUUCUCCUAAGAUGGGUUCGUCUUCUGGGCUUUGCUACUGUUUAUGGAACUGUGACGCUCAAGCUGCACAGGGUUUUGAAGGUGUUCCUGUCCCGAACUGCUCAGCGUAUUCCAUACAUGACAGGUGGGCGAGUAAUGAGGAUGCUGGCUGUUAUUCUCCUGGUAGUCUUUUGGUUUCUCGUUGGUUGGACUUCUGCAAUAACUCAAAAUCUGGAGAGAAACAUUCCACUCAUUGGCCAAGGGCAAACAUCUGACCACCUGAUCUUCAAUAUGUGCCUCAUAGACCGCUGGGAUUACAUGAUGGCUGUUGCUGAAUUUUUAUUCCUCUUGUGGGGUGUUUAUCUCUGCUAUGCAGUGCGGACAGUCCCAUCAGCAUUUCAUGAGCCACGUUAUAUGGCUGUUGCAGUUCACAAUGAGCUCAUUAUCUCUGCUAUAUUCCAUACAAUUAGAUUCAUUCUUGCUUCAAGACUUCAGUCUGACUGGAUGCUGAUGCUGUUCUUUGCACACACACACUUGACUGUGACAGUCACUGUUGGGCUGCUUCUGAUCCCUAAGUUUUCACAUUCAAGCAAUAACCCAAGAGAUGAUAUAGCUACAGAAGCUUAUGAAGACGAGCUUGAUAUGGGUCGAUCUGGGUCCUAUCUGAACAGCAGUAUCAAUUCAGCAUGGAGUGAACAUAGUUUGGAUCCUGAAGAUAUUCGGGAUGAGUUGAAGAAAUUAUAUGCCCAGCUUGAAAUCUAUAAAAGGAAAAAGAUGAUUGCUAAUAACCCACAUCUUCAGAAAAAAAGGUGCUCUAAAAAGGGCUUGGGGCGCUCGAUAAUGCGACGUAUUACAGAAAUCCCCGAGACGGUCACCAGGCAGUGCUCCAGGGACGAGAAGGACCUGAUGGAGCACAGUGCCGUGAAGAACACGGCCACGCUGAGAAAAAACCCACAGGAUUCCACGAGUUCUGCAAAGCCAAAAGAAGAGACUUUGAAAAACAGAGUCUUUUCAUUAAAAAAGUCCCACAGCACUUAUGAUCAUGUUAGGGAUCAAACAGAAGAACCAAAUAGCUUAACUACAGAAAGCGCAGAAGUUAUAGCUGCUGAGAAUUCACUUCUGGAUUCCUUGAAUGGUAACAAAUUAACCAAAAAUGCUCCAGAAAAAGUUGAAGCUGUCUCCACUGAAUCGGUCCCUUUGGUGUGCAAAUCAGUAAGUGCACAUAACUUAAGUGCCGACAAGAAGCCUCUGCAUCCAAGAACAUCUGUGUUACAAAAAUCCCUCAGUGUUAUUGCUAGUGCCAAGGAAAAGACUUUGGGACUAACGGGUAAAACACAAAGUCUAGAAGAAAGCGCUAAAUCUCAUAAAUCUCAGCAGAAGGGUAAGGAGGCCAGCAAAAAGCACUCAGCCUCCGAUAAAGGGGAGCAUAAGGAUUCCCACCGGAAGAACUCUACCCAGUCUGAGGACACAAAGAAAACCCAUAAAUCUGGAAUUAUGAAACAGCAAAGGGUUAGUCAAACACCUGCAAAUCCUGACACAGGCCCAGGUAAGUCACUGCACAAGGACAAUUUCGACAUAGGAGAAGUUUGUCCUUGGGAGAUAUAUGACCAAACUCCUGGUCCUGUGCCUUCUGACUCUAAAGUUCAAAAACAUGUAUCUAUUGCUUCCUCAGAGCCAGAGAAAAACCACCCUUCCCAAUCAAAGGGGAAGUCUCAUCAUAAGCUGAAGACACCUGAAGGCUAUCAACAGUCAAUUCAAAAGAGCUCAGAGAAGGUGGAGGCAGUCACUCGGGAGGCACAAGAGCAGCAGGUCUUUGAAAAUGAGAAAAAACAGUCAAAUUCCAAGACUCAGGUCUCCCCUGGGCUGAAGUGUGAGAAUGUUAAUAGAUAUGCACCUAAUGCUUGUGCUGGGGAGCGGGAGGAGCUACCCCAGAAAGCAGCAGAAAAGGAAAACCUCAAUAAAUUGGCGGAACAGAAAAAAAAUGUCUCUUCUGAGGGAAACAUGCUUUCAUCUGACUCCCAUAAGCCAAGUAGUUACUUACAGCAACCUUUAGCAUCUCGAGCUGAAGUCUGCCCUUGGGAGUAUGAUACACCAGAUUUACCAAAUGCAGAAAGAAGUGUAGCUUUAUCGAACACCUCUGCUAUAAGUGCAAAUAAAACAGCAACACCUCGAAAAUAA